CGCAUGCGUACAUCUGGUUUGAAAUUCGUAAACGGAUUGAUGAAUUAAUGACAUGUGAACCGAGGAAAGAGUAAAAGUUGUCGUAAUUCUGUGAAAUAUAUGUACAAAUAACAGUUAGUAAUAAAUUUAUAGGAGAAUCAUGGAUAUGGGAAGCCUUAAAGUUGGUGUCAAUGUUGACAUCCAACGAACUGACGGUCGCAUACAUUCUGCUGUUAUAAGUGGUCUAAAUCCAGAGGCAAAAAGCGUGACAGUGGAGUGGUUUGAGAAAGGUGAAACUAAAGGGAAAGAGAUUGAAAUAGAGGCCAUCUUUUCUUUGAAUCCUGACUUAGCUCCUGCUCAGCCCCCUCCUAGUAAUAGAGAUAUCCAAUCUUCAAAGAGUAGUAGAAUUCCAAAUGCUGGAGAUGGUCCUAAAGCUGUCCGAAAAGCACCGUCCUCUGCCAAAUCACGACAGAGUUAUGCAGCUAAUUCUAGAGCAUCAGUGCCAACCCAAAAUGGCCAUGCUGAGCCAAAAAAUGAUCCAAAAGCACCUGUUGGGGCUCGCAGAAAAUCCAACUGUGUUAAGGAAGUUGAGAAAAUUCAACAGAAGCGAGAUGAGAGGAGGGCCAAACACUUAGCAAUCAAAGAACAGAAUGAGUCCAAUUUUGAUACAUCAGAUCCAAACUGGGAGUUCCAGGCCAUGAUAAAAGAAUACAGAGCUGGUCUGGAAUUUCGGCCACUGACUUCCUCCGAUCCCAUUGUCAAUCAUCAAAUCUGUGUCUGUGUUAGGAAACGUCCACUGAACAAGAAGGAAGUUACAAAGAAGGAUGUGGAUGUUUUAACUGUUCCAAACAAAGAGUGUACUAUUGUACACGAGCCAAAGUUAAAAGUAGACCUGACUAAGUACCUAGAAAACCAGACCUUCCGAUUUGACUAUGCAUUUGAUGAGAAUUCCACAAAUGAAAUGGUUUACAGGUACACAGCAAAACCACUGGUGGAGUGCAUCUUUGAGGGGGGUAUGGCUACCUGCUUUGCCUAUGGUCAGACAGGGAGUGGGAAAACACAUACAAUGGGAGGAGAUUUCUCGUCUAAGGGUCAGCAGGACUGUGCAAAAGGAAUUUACUGCUUAGCUGCUCGGGAUGUUUUCAGACUUCUCAACACAAAAUAUAAAAAGUUGGAAUUAACAGUUGGUGCAAGCUUUUUUGAAAUAUAUAGUGGAAAGGUGUUCGAUUUGCUCAAUAAAAAAUUGAAACUAAGAGUGCUAGAAGAUGCCAAAGGACAAGUGAAUGUAGUUGGACUGAAGGAGGAGCAUAUAGAUAGCGCUGAUGAUGUGUUACGAUUAAUCCAGCAUGGGAAUAAUGUACGGACAUCGGGGACCACAUCAGCCAAUCAGCACUCUUCUCGCUCACAUGCUGUCUUGCAGAUUAUUGUACGGAGAAAAAAUUCAAAUAAACUACAUGGGAAGUUUUCAUUGAUAGAUCUUGCAGGUAAUGAACGUGGUGCUGAUACCUCUAGUGCAGAUCGACAAACUAGAAUGGAGGGAGCAGAAAUUAACAAAAGUCUUCUUGCACUAAAGGAGUGCAUACGUGCUUUAAGCAGGAGAGGGGAAUACCAGCCAUUCAGAGCCAGCAAGUUAACUCAGGUGCUUAGGGACUCCUUCAUAGGAGAUAACUCCAGGACUUGUAUGAUUGCUAUGGUUUCUCCUGGAAUGUCGUGCUGUGAACACACACUGAACACUCUAAGAUAUGCAGACAGAGUAAAGGAGCUUGGGCCGGGAGGACCUGUAGAGGGAAAGCCUGCAGAGAUAGCACUGCCAAACAAUAUCAACUUUGGAGCUAUGUCACCACAGAACAGUGAUUUAGCCAAACUCAAGACCUCCAAUCAAGAUGAGAUUCCUGAUGAGUUGCUGACGUUUCAUGAAGCUGUCAACCACAUUCAGGAAAUGGAGGAAGAAAUCAUUGAUGACCACAAAGCUCUCAUAGAGAAUACACAGAAAUGGCUGAUAGAAGAUAAAAAAUUGGCGAAGAACUCAGAUGAGGCUGACUAUGAUGUAGAAGCAUAUGCAAAGCAGUUAGAUUCUCUUUUGGCAAAGAAAAUCCAAACACUGACCAAACUGAGGGAAAAAGUAGCCAGCUUUAGGAAAGAGAUACAGGAAGAAGAGAAUCUCAGUAAAAACAUCAAGAGUAAGAAGAAAUGAACCAAGAAACCAGAGGACAUUAAUCAGAAAAUGUUACCCACCGACUACAUCAUGACAUGUCAUCUAUGAUAACUCACGAGGAGUACCGAGUAUGCAUGCCUGCUAUCUGUGAUAUUUUUUUUUUGUUUUCUGCUUCCCAGGAGAGAUUAGCUCACUAAGUACUUGUACUUGUGUACAGAGAUUUUGUUGACAAGCUUACACUGUGAUGACAGAAGCCUUGUAGACCAGUGUCCAUGAAAAAAAAAACUUUCUGUCUCUUCAUCUUUUCCUCUCUAGUUCUAAUUCUAGUCUUUUGAGGGUAUAUAUGAACUUGCCAGCUGUUGUAAGGUCAGUGUUGUGUCCAUCAUAUAACUUUACUCAUGAAUGAAAUGGUCACAUCUAUAUCAUGUCUCAUUGAAAUCCACAUUAUUGUAAUUGUUACAUGGGGCAUUCUUGAAUGUCAAGUUAAAAAGGGGGGAGGGGGGAAGGAAUAGAAGUGAAAGUGUCAGAAAAUGAAUUAGAACAGAUUGAAAUUUCACUAGUCAUAUUAAGAUAUAUUUCAGUUUAUUCAGAGUAGAAGGUUGAUUUUUUUUUUGUAUUUUGAUUAAACAGACUUGUGUUGUUGAUUUUACAUGUAGCUUGUUACACUCGAAAAUUAUUACCGGUACACUUAAAGGAAAAAGAAUGUGAUGUCUGAGAUAAAUCUAUCAUUUGUAUUAAAUUUUCAUUCUGCUGAUUUUUGCACAUCUACCAUGAAUACUUUAUUUUCUGUAAAAAUUGAAAUGUUAUUCCUGUUAUUUUCUUAAAUACACAAUUCACUUCUCAAAAUGUGUUCAUCCCUGGUUGAAGUCAAUAUUGCACUCAGUGUUAUUUGUAACUAAUCUAAAACACUAAUUCCAAUAUUUUGUGUCGAAGAGUUCAUGGUUUACAUGUGCAAUAAAGAAAAUAAUGAUGUACUGUAUUUCUGUUCUUUUAAUAAACCUAACUAUUGUCACAUGGAGAUUUUUUUUUUAUUAUGGAUGCAAACUUGGUUGUGUUUUUGUUAAUGGUGAUGUUGCUGAAUAAGCACAACAGAAUAUGUGUAACAAAUUUUUGUUGUUGGAAAUCUUUUGUGGUGAAAUCGUAUUAUUGGUAAUCACGUCCAAAACCAUAAAUUGUCAUUUCAUGUACUGUAGAACAUGCACAUUUACAAUAUGCAUGACAAAUUUUCUUUUGUUGAUACUGUUUUGUGGUGAAACGUUUAUUCUGUAAUCACGUACAAAACUGUAUUUUGUCAUUUUUUAUGAUUUCAUGUACAUUAUCACCUUUUUUUUAUGUAAAUAUGUACAUGUACAUUUAUUUAAUAAAACAUUUCGUACUUCCCGUUUUCAGCAUAUGUAUAUAACUGUAUUGUACUUGACAUGUUUGUAAACUACAUGCUUUGUAAAUAUUAUGUAUAACUUAAAGAACUAUGUGUACAAACCCCAGACACAAUAGGAUUAUAUUCAGCAUUAUUUAUAUUCUGUUAUUAUUUGUUAACUCAGUAGUUAGAGAAGUAAUAGACUUACAUGGGAGGGUGAUUAUCUAUAUGUACAACAUGUAUUUACUACUUCGUUUAUGUAUUUUUCAGUCCAUUAUAUUUUUAUAAUUUACCUGUAAAUUCAAGAAGAAUGGGUCUGAAAUUUCAAAAUUGGAACAGAUAUAUAAAAUUUUAUGUGAAAUAAUAAUUCUUCAUUGGUAGGGGUGAUCAUUUUUGUAAUAUUUGUAAUAUUAUUUGUAGACUAUAUAGUAAGUACUAUCUAAAGAUAGAAAUUAAAUUUACAUUUUCUCUCACCUGACAUUCCAAGUAUAAAGGUAAUAUUCACAAGUCUAGCCACUUCUUCAGUUCUUAUUCCAUUGAAGACAAAUAUUAUGAAUUCUUUUAAGUUUUGUACACUUUUAGAAUUAUUACACUUAAAUGCAAUUUUUUUUGUUUAGUAUAAUUUUUUGAAGUGAAUUUAAGUCAGAAAAAACAAUAUUAUAUCUUUUCUUGUAGAUUAUCCACAUUAAAAACUGGAUAAUGUGCAAGUGGCAUCUGUGAUUUAUUAUAGACUGGCGUAAGAAAUGUGAUGAAUCAAAAAAAAAAGAUAUUUUUUAGGUGUACAUGUAAAGUGCAGAGUUGUAGAGCUUACUGAAUUAGCAACUCGAGAUGUUUAGACUGCUGUAAUAACUGAGGUCACAAUGAAUAAAGAAUGAACAAAGAUA